GAAAUUAUUCUUCAGACGUCAUUGAUCACGUGCUGCUGAUAAAGGGACACUGCUUUGAAUUAUACCGCUUAGCGACUUCAGUCCAUGCCUCAUAGCUCCAGUCUCAAACUUAACCACGUUCCUGCUGAAGAAGAGGCGGUCUGCUGUAUGGAGAAAGAAACUCUCGUGAAAGAGGUGGAGGAAGAGGAGACUGUUACAAUACAAAAACAAGUAGAGGUCGAGGCUGUUACUGUGAACGAAGAAGAAAAUGACGUCUCAGUUAAAGAAGAGGAAGACGACGACGUUUCAGUGAAAGAAGAUGAUGAAGAAGAUGAAGAAGAGGGGGAGGUGACUGUGUCAUCGAACAAUGAAGAAGAGGAGGAAACUGGAUAUCUGGGCCCGGUUUCCCAAACGCAUCUUAAGGUGUCCGAUGGUUCUAACGAUGAACCGGCCCUGAUUAACACUAGAGAGAGAUGUGACUAUCGUGGAUCCUCUGGGGGCCUCAACAACCUCAUGAUGCUGACAGGGCAGAGAAUAGUCUCUCCACAUCAAAACACCUCAAGAAACACCAGCAGAGACCCACAGGGAAGAAAUCUCAUUGCUGCUCUGACUGUGGGAAAGGUUGCAAAUCUUCAUCAGAACUUAAAAUACACCAGAGAACACACACAGGAGAGAAACCUUAUAGCUGUGAUCAAUGUGGGAGGAGUUUUGUUCAAUCUGGCCAUUUGACUGAACACCACAGAACACACACAGGAGAGAAACCUUAUAGCUGUGAUCAAUGUGGGAGGAGUUUUACUACAUCUAGCGUUCUGACAGUACACCAGAGAACACACACAGGAGAGAAACCUUAUAGCUGUGAUCAAUGUGGGAGGACUUUUACUACAUCUAGCAUUCUGACAGUACACCAGAGAAAACAUACAGGAGAGAAACCUUAUAGCUGUGAUCAAUGUGGGAGGAGUUUUGUUCAAUCUAGCCAUCUGACUGAACACCACAGAACACACACAGGAGAGAAACCUUAUAUC